AAACAUUUUGUAUUAUAAAAAAACUUUCUCUAAUACUAAUGGCUACUACCAAACUAGUCAUGAAGCUCGUCUACAUUCUCCUCAUCCUAUUCACCUUCUCCGUAUCUUCAGCGAUCGCAACGGCCCCGGAAAAUUGUGACAGCGGCUCGGAGAAUCCGUGCAUCAACAAAGCUAAGGCCUUACCACUCAAAAUCGUAGCCAUUGUAGCCAUCCUUACGACAAGCUUGAUAGGUGUAACCUCUCCUCUUUUCAGCCGUUACAUUUCGUUCCUCCGUCCCGAUGGCAAUGGUUUCAUGAUCGUAAAAUGUUUUUCUUCUGGAAUCAUCCUUGGAACUGGUUUCAUGCACGUCUUGCCUGACUCUUUCGAGAUGUUGUCAUCGAAAUGUCUUAGCGAUGAUCCGUGGCAUAAGUUCCCUUUUGCGGGUUUUGUUGCUAUGCUGUCCGGUCUAGUCACUCUAGCCAUUGACUCCAUUACCACAAGCCUUUAUACCGGUAAGAAAGGGGUGGGACCAGUACCUAACGAGUAUGAAGAGUAUGGCAUUGACCAAGAGAAGGCGAUUCACAUUGUAGGCCAUAAUCACAGUCAUGGUCAUGGUGUAGUGCUAGCAAGUAAGGAUGAUGGACAGCUUUUGCGCUACCGAGUCAUUGCCAUGGUAUUGGAGCUUGGCAUUUUAUUUCAUUCCGUGGUCAUUGGACUAUCUCUAGGAGCAACUAAUGAUGCAUGUACCAUUAAAGGACUUAUCAUAGCUCUGUGCUUCCAUCACUUGUUCGAAGGCAUAGGUCUUGGUGGCUGCAUCCUCCAGGCAGAUUUUACAAAUGUGAAGAAGUUCUUGAUGGCAUUCUUUUUCGCUGGAACAACGCCUUGUGGUAUCUUUCUUGGAAUCGCAUUGUCGAGUAUCUAUAGAGAUAACAGUCCAACCGCGUUGAUAACGAUUGGACUGUUAAAUGCUUGCUCGGCCGGAAUGCUCAUCUACAUGGCCCUCGUCGACCUUCUAGCUACCGAGUUCAUGGGAUCAAUGCUCCAAGGUAGCAUCAAACUUCAGAUCAAGUGCUUCAUGGCGGCUUUGUUCGGCUGCGCCGUUAUGUCGGUCGUCGCCGUGUGGGCUUAAACACUCUUUCAACAUAAUUAAUUAAUUAUGUGAUUUAUUAUUCAAGGCGACAAAUACUUUCGCCUUUGUACAUUUGAGAGUAUUUUUAAAGUUUGAUUCAUUUAUUAGUUUGUAUAGUGAGAUAUUCACAUGGCAAUAUGGCAUUGUAAGCGUUUGAAAGAAAUUAUUUUAUGACAU